AUGUCGUCCUACACUCCCAAUACAGAUCUGUGGAUCGAACGAUCUCGUCUCGCUGGAAUGUUGUUGGGGUGUGUAUCCUACGGCGCAUUCUUCCUCCUUACAGUACAGUCCUGCAUUGCUCUCAUGCGGCGGCCUCGACAUGGGGGAAAGAUUCGAGGUCAUCGUGUUGCACUUCUUUUUUACGUUGUUAUCACAUUCAUAUUGAUAACGAUAAGUGUUGCUGCGAACGCAAAAUAUACGGAGAUGAUUUGGAUAGAUCUUCGUGAUGCGCCUGGUGGUCCGCUCGCGCUAAUCGAGAACGAAAUGCCUUAUAGUAUCAACGUUCUGGCACUUUCAUCUGGCCACAUAGGGGAGUGGUUCAUGCAAGCUCUGCUCCUUCACCGGUGUUUUGCGUUAUGGAAUUGGGCAAGAUGUGUGACAAUCCCGAUGAUCACACUCUUUCUUGCUAUGAUCGGACUGUCUAUUCGUAUUCAGAUGGAGGCGAGUACCGGAAUAGCAUUCUAUGAUAUCGAUGUCGAGCCCGCCUACCUCGGCACCCAAGUGGGACUCAAUGUGAUUUACACCAUUCUCGUGGUGUAUAUUUUACUCGACAUGCGAAACAAGAUGAAGCGGGUCAUGGCACAUUAUGAUUCCAUUGCCUUUGCUCUGCAUUUAAACGGCAUCACUACUAUGUGCUUCCUGUCUAUUAGCCAAGUGCAGGGCAUUUCGCAACUGUUCAUCAUUCUUCGUGUUGCAACAGGGCGGGGAUAUACACACGAAUAUUGGUUGAGCCGAGCCGCUGCAGCACCUACGACUGUAGCAUUCUCAGGCACGAUAGACACAUCAGAAGAACAAACCGAUGAACAACGAUGA